AGUGACGCGUGUCUAUAGUCGCUACCUUCACACCGGUUGCGCGUGUUGAUGCUGAAGAGCGGACGAGAGAGAAAACAAGCUUCUCCCAACGCAAAGACCCAAACUCAGGCAAAACCCGGAGGAAAAUGGACAUGAAGAAGAGGGUCUCCUUAGAGCUGAGGCACCGGUCGCCCUCGGAGGUCCUGGAGCUGGUCCUGGAUAACUGUCGCUCCAGUGAAGGAAGGAUCGAAGGAAUCACAGAAGAGUUCUCCAAUCUGGAGCUGCUCAGCCUCAUCAACGUCGGCCUGACCAGCGUAGCUGACAUCCCCAAGCUGGACAAACUCAAAAAGUUGGAGCUCAGUGACAACAGGAUAUUGGGCGGUCUGGAGGUCCUGGCAGAGCGGCUGGUGAACCUAACGCACCUUAACCUCAGCGGGAACAAGUUCAAAGACAUCAGUACCCUGGAGCCCCUGAAAAAGCUCCCCCAGCUCAAGAGUCUCGACCUGUUUAACUGCGAGGUGACAAAUCUGGGUGACUACAGGGAUUCCAUCUUCAAGCUCCUCCCCCAGCUCACCUACCUGGAUGGCUACGACAUCGACGACUGCGAGGCCUCCGACUCUGACGGCGAGGGAGACGGAGUCGAUGAUGAGGACGAAGAAGAGGGUGAGUCAGAGGACUUUGAGGAAGAGGAAGAGGAGGAUGAGGAAGACGUAGUGGCUGAGGAUGACGACGAAGAUGACGACAGUGGUGAUGAUGAUGAUGGAGAGGUGAAUGGAGAUGUGGACAGUGAGGAGGAAGAAGAUGAUGAAGAUGAGGAGGACGAUGAUGAGGAUUUGUCUCCAGCCAAAGGAGAGAAGAGGAAGAGGGACCCCGAGGAUGAGGAUGAUGAUGAUGAUGAAUGAGGGCCAGCAGAGACCCCUCCCUGACCUUCACGCAUUGACCCAGCCCUGCUGCCAGUGCUCCCCUCUUUGCCACCUCCCCCUUGCAUUCUGGGCCGCGUCCCAAUACUGAAAGUGGUCUCCUCCCUCCGCUCCCUCAUUGCCUGCCUCUCGCAGACCAAAUUGACGUCCGUUAUUGUCUAAAACGCCUCUGUUUGUUUUUUUUCCUUUUUCUUUUUGUUUGUUUUUUUUUUUCUUUUUAAACUAAUUUCUACAAGUUGAGCCAAAUUUUGUUCCCGUUCAUCAGUCGUAAACUUCUAUAACAUCCUUUGUGUCCUUUAAGUUUAAACCAGUUACCUUUUUGGUUUUGUGGUAGCACAUUUGUUUUUGUGAACUCAGGAAUGAAGAAAACACUUUCGUAGAAAAGUAUCAGUUUUUUCUCAUCUCAGAAAAGUUCAAUUAGCCGUUAAAAUAAGAAGCUGCAGAAACAUUUUCACAUUUUAGGAGCUGGAGCCAGAAGAUAGAAGUGAUCUCUAACCAGAGUCUCGGGUCAGAGGUCAUUUAGGGUUAGAAAUUCCAAUCACCAGUCCUGAAAAGCUCAAAAACAAAGUGUCAGAUGUUACAUCAGUUUCUCUUCAUCCCAAGAAAAGUUUUUCAUUAAUGUUUUUUAUUUUCAAAUUUCAAAUUUUUUUUACAAGAGAAGAAAAAAAAACAAUGGAUGAAUAAAUAAAUUCAUGAAAUGUGAAAGAAAACCAAACCCUUCAUUUCCCCUCGCCGCUGAUGUCAUCAGUCUGGAUGUUGCUCUGAUGAAGUCAUUGUCAUAUGUAUUUAAAAAAAAAAAAAAAGAAAAGAAAAAAAAAGCUACCCUCC